UUAUUGUUUUGCGCACCCUUGCUAAUAUUACUUAUUCCUUUCCACAGACGCGCUUCGUUGUCUGGGAUUUUUUUCUUUCAAAAUGCUCUGUAGGGGAACUUUAAUUCAGAACCUUCUCCAUUGUGUUGAUGAAAACAGGAUGUUGCUGUGUUAUUUUGAACUGUCAAUGAAUUUGCAACCACUUGGUUUUGCAGGUUAUGUCAGAAAGGGACAACUUCGUGGGAACUGUGGAGAAAACAUUCAUUAUUGACGGUGACAUUGGAAACAACACAGUCGUUACUGUGAGCUGCGCCUCCGGUCAAAACUGUCCACUCUCGGUGCAGCUUGUUGACCCCGCCGGACAAAGGUGUCAAAACUGUCGUGAAGAUAACACUGACCUCCAAAAAAUGCUCACCAUACCCAGCCCUGCGCAGGCGGGUACCUGGAUGCUUCAAGUGAAGAGCUCAAGCACGGACCGAGUCAAAGUCAGCAUCCUGGUCGUGUCCGAAGGCAGAGACCCUACAAAUAUGCCGGUAUUGGCUUCAUGUGAAGUGCCAAAGAGACCGGUUCGCGCACCUGAUGAAGCAAUCAUCGACGUCUCUGUGUCGAAAGGCGGGAAAGCUGUCAUUGGCGCGAAGGUUAUAGCGGUGGUGCUCAACACGCAGGGGCAUUGGUGCCUUCCACUGUUUGACAGCGGUAUAGAUCCCGACGGACUCGUUAUCGACGGUACCUACAGUGGAUACUUCACACAGUUCACGGGUGCGGGACGGUACUCUGUCUUUGCUUACAUUUAUGGAGACAGCAAGACCAGGCACGCGUACCGAAGGAGUGACCCCCGUGGUUCUAGUGUCACCGUUUGGGAUGGUCCUCCACCCGAAGGAUGGGUGCGGCCAAAACUCAGCGACUUCAAGCCGCUGCCAGCAAACUACUCACCAGCCGACUACUUUUUGGAUGACGUUGAGCCCACGCCCCCAUUCCAAAGGGUCAUAGUUUGUGGUUCAUUCAAGGUCACCAGUAACCUGCACGAGGCUGAUGUUCCUCCUGCUGGACUCAUCGCCUUUGACAGGAUCACUUGGCACCUUGAGAAGGACAGAACGCCUGUCGUCACUCUUAUAUGGAUUUGGCCGGGGGCGCACAUGACAAAUGGAAAAGCUGCUGCAGUGGAGAUCCGAGGCGGCACCGACGCAGACGGGGUCUUUAAUGACUUCGAAAACCAGGAGCUGUUGACGAGCGUCGUCAAAGGCAGCCUCGAACCCCUUCCCGCCGGCACCAAACACAGAGUGACCAUCAGCCUGCCGCGUCAUUGGGGGCCGGCUUACCGUGGCAACGAUAGCUUCUACCUGAAGGCGUACUUGGCUGCGUGCGCUGUUAAUGCUGAUGGGCUGAAGUCGGAAAGGUCCCGCGUCGUUGAAAUGGCGUUCAAUAUCGAAAACAUUACCGCCCAAUUACCCUCUGCAGUAGCUGACGCCCUCACGCCGACAAAGCCUUCCGCGAAGGCCAGCCCAGCGACGACCACUACAAGGCAGGCCAGGACCGAUCCUCCUCUCGAUCCGGCGACAACCCCCACUGCAGAGGUUCAUCAUGAAGGCCAGACAUCCGUCUUCGUUUGGAUCUUGCUGGUGGCAGUGGCUUUAGUCGUCGUUAUGGCAGUCAUUAUUACGCUGCUGCUCAAGAUCAAAUCGGACUACAGUGAUGAAACUAACACCAACACAAGGGAGAGGACAAGAGAAACCAUGCCAAGGUAGUGCCGCACGUGGCAAUUCAGGGCAAAAUAAAUCAUAAGGCAAGCCUGGGCAUGUGAGACGUUAUCUAUGACAUUAUUAAUGCGAAAGCCUUAGAUGGUUCGUAGGUCGAAAAAUCCGAUGUGUGGUGUUAUGGCACCCAACUUCAUAGGGCGUCGAAUCUACGACCUUUGGUAUUAAUUAGGGCGAAUCAUGCCAUCAAUUUCCUUAUAAGAAAGCGUGAAGCCGAGGCGAAGAAGCCUCAGCAUGACCUGUGGUGUUAAUUAAGGGAAAGCUAAUUAAGAUAGAGGUAAUUAAGGCACUCGAGCCUUUGGAGAGAGUCGAACCCACUUGGACAUGUGGGCGAACCAGACAAAUUUCUAAAUUGGAUUACGAUCGACAUCGUGAGGAUUAAAAGUUCCACCAACUACCUUUGCUGCCAAUUAAGGCGAAGUGAAUUGAGGCACAGUUGAUUAAGGCACUCAAACCCACGACCUCUGGUGAGAGAAAACAAUAGGAAGUAAGAACGCAUUCGAAUGAAAAUGUCAAGUAAUGUAAUAAAUGUCUCCUUUCGCCUUCAUCUUCUUUAGGGUAGGCUAAAGUAACUGUCAACUUUUAUUUGGCUAGGAGGUGUAAGUUUCUUUUACAACCUCCCGAUCAACUUUUUGUUACCUUAGAUUUUUGUUAUUCAUUUCAACCAAUUUUCUCACACACGGUAAUGGCAUUUCUAUUGUUGCGCUUUUGCAACACAUACGAGAAGCUACCGAUUAUUUUACUGGACGACACCAACCAGGGGUUAUUUAUUGCCACUUGUGACGUGACUGUCUGACUAUCAACACAAACGCAGUAGUGCAGCAGUUGGCGCACAGUGGUAGCACAUACUCUUCCUCCUGAGCAAGUCGCGAGCACCAAAACUUACGUGACAACUUGCAUGUGUGAUAACACAUGGCCUGAUUAGUCAUUCUGAUUACUUCAUCACACAUGACGAAAGCAGCAUUCGAGGUUUUCCAUACGAAAAUCGCUUGAUACAGGUGAAGCACCACGAAUUUUGAUAUUAUUAUCCUGUACUAAGCCAUUAAAAAAAUCGCGUCGUCUAUACAUGAUUUAUUUAUCGUUAAAUAGGGCAGAUUUUAGGGAAAAUGAUACGUUAAAGACUACUUUCUGACGUGGUGAGUGAGAGGAUGCGUACCUUAAGCCUUCUGCCUGUGUGACGUUUUCAAAUACGCUGGAAUUACGAAAACGCAUGUCCCCAAUUAAUUGAAGGCUAAACAGGGAAAGAGAAAAACUAAUCGGAGAACCUGUCAAUGAAGUCUAUUCAGCACGACUAAAGAUGAAGAUGCACCUUUGUAUUAGUCCAGCUAACUUCAACGUAGGAAAGCAACUAUUGCAAUUUGAAUUUUUCUUGCCUUUCACUUUUUCUUUUUUUCGGUGCAGUGUUCAUUCUGCCUAACGUCAGCUUUUACAGCGAAGCUUCAUACAGCUACCUUCCGGCGGUGGUCGAUCCGUCCGUCUACGCGUCGCGUCGACACGAAACAGUGUUUAAUCUCCAGUUUCUCGCGAAUACUCUGCGACUCUCAAUCUAACGUGGUUACCUUGGGAAAACAAUCAUACUUAAAUUGGCUACCAAGACGACUCUAUCAUUACGGCGGGUUUCAUUCACUUGUCGUAUUAAGUUCACAAUGUAGUUGUAAAACGUUACAGAAUUCCCGUCUGCUGUCAAUACUUGGCCGUCUACGGAGCGAGUAUGGUUACACAAAACGGCUGUAACUCUUGCUUUAUUAAAACUAUCCUGACGCAAACUAUAUGAAAAUUAGCUCCUAAGUCGACUCUAGCAUCACGCUGAGUUUCAUCUACGUUUCUUAAUUACGUAGUUCACAGUGAAGCUGUGAACUACGUUCCCAGAAAUUCCCGUCUGCCAUGCGGCGGUACUUGCACACGUCACUACUUCAUAAAAGAAUAAGAAUAAAUCACUGCACAGUCAAAAGAUGUAUUCUUUGUCUGUGUCCUUCAGUAAUAAUAUUAAUAAAAAAUAACGAUAAUGCGUAUACAUACAGAGAUGCGUUGAUUGAGGUAAAACACACCACAGGUUCGCUGCUCCUCCUCCUUCACAGUGGAAGGGCUGGUGAAUUUUGCUAUCAAUAGUGAAACUGUACAACCCGGAUGUCGGUAGACAUUGGCUUGCUUAAAGCCAAAAUCAUUAUCAGUUGCGCUGCUGGAUAGGUAUAUCUUUGCACAUGCAUAAAUAGAGAGGGUGCCGCGUGCCAUGGACAAAGCGAACGAUCCCGGUGAGGUGUACGAACCGAUACAUAUAGUUUCUCCAAGAGCGGCGUUCCUUUUUGUAACCUAUUAGUGGCUACAUAUUAAGUAAGCAAAGGAUAUCACUCAAGUAUACUUUAUGCUUCUUACGAGAACCAUGUGGUUCCAAAGCUGUGCGUAGAACAUCAACCCCAUUCAGGAUGGCUUUUGGAAAGGGAUUAUAGAAUGGGCUGUUGGCCUCCACACAACACGCCGUAUUUGCACCCUCUUUUCAAGAAAGGUGGUCACCUCUACAUACUCCGAGAUGCACGACGAGUCAUCCUUUGGCGAUAGCACAGUUCUUGAGUACCUUUCGUCUGGUCAGGGUAAUCGCCCGUUACGCUAUGUGAGUGUUGGAUAUGCCAACCACCGUGGAUGCAUCGCGGUGCUGAGGCAGAUAGAAGGACGGCAAGCCUAGAUCUGGAAGGCGGUGACUGCAAAGUCAUCUAGGAUCUAGGCUUGCCGUCAUUCCUUAUGUGCACCGUGUUUCCGAUACCAUUAUGAAAAUUUCGGCCAAGGCCGGAGUGAGGGUAGUGUGCAAUGCCGCUAAUAAACUGAGCGGGUUUUACAAGAGAGUCAAUAGGGAGGAUACUGUCGCGCGCAAAAGCUGCUGUAAGAAUCAUGUUCAGAGCUUUGUUAACUGUACAACGCAGGCCGCCUAUAAAAUCCCGCUUAAUUGUAAACGUUGCUAUGUCGGGCAAACGGGGAGGUGCAUUAAAGAUCGCCUGCGCGAGCAUGCCGCUUCACAAAAAGGAAACCCGUACAUUCAUCCAGCUGCGCACUGUAAGACGUGGGGUUGCACCCCGAUCUUUAACAAGUGCGAAAUAAUCGGCAGAUAUAGUGAAAAGCGUGGGCGGGAAAUCUUUGAAGCAUACCGUAUAUUCAGAAGUGGCGAUGCGUGCGUCAGCUCUGCGUCCCUCUCGCUCUCAACAAAAGAAAUUGAUUAUCUUCGUGCCUGACACUUAUCCUUCUUAUCCUUCUUUUUCUAUUCUUUAUGUCACCUUCAUGAUGUAUUUAUAUGCUGCUUCUGCAAAUAAAGCAUUUGGUUGCUAGUCA